AAUUUGAGUGAGCCGUGUGGAUAGUCGGAUGUGGCAAAUUGAUGUGGCGUUAAAUAUAAUAACAAUCUAAUUGAUUAUAACUAGUAUUUUUUUCAGUAUAUCUACACAUGGCCGAAUGUCACGGAGAUAUUGUUUUUCGAAAAGACAGAAGCGCAUGUUGUUCAGCAGCAAUAGCAGAUGACAACUCCGCUCUGGUGAAGGCGUACGACAGGGCGCUGAAGUCUUUUCAGAAAGGAGUGAUGAGUGAAGGAGAGGAUACCUCGGAUGGACUGAACGAAAUGCCGAAAUCUGGUGAAGAGAGCAAGGCGGCGGAAAAAGAAAGGACCACUACAUGUCAGCCGUGGGCAGUGGGGUCUCGCUGUCGUACCGUGUGGUCGGAGGACGGACUGCUGUAUCCCGCAGCGCUAGUGUCGGUGGAGGGCCAGCGCGGCCGGGUGAAGUUUGACGGCUAUGGCAAUGAACAGGAUGUGGAGCUGAGCGCUCUUCUGCCUGAGCAUUUAGAUCAGCCAUGGAGAGAGAAACGAUGGGUCAUGGGGAGCCGCUGUCGGGCGGUGUGGUCGGGAGACGGGCUGGUGUACCCGGCGGUGCUGGUGUGGAGGAAGGGGGACCGCGGCAGGGUGCAGUUUGAGGGCUACGGGAACGAGGAGGAGCUGGAGCUGUGCGCCCUGCUGCCUCCGGAGGAGCGCAAGAGAGCCACGUUACCGCAGGAGGUGCUGAAGACAAGCCCAGCUAGCAGCAGGAGCCACGGCAGUCACACAGAUUGGAGGAAGAACGAGAAAGAAAACACCACAAAAAAACAAGAUCCGACAUUCGCCAUUCCACCAGCCUGCACCACUGAUGGGAACAGGGGCAGGGACAGCUGCCUCGGUGAGCCUGUGACGGGGCAGAAGGACCAGGGGAAGUCAGGCAGCUGCAAAGAGAGGCUGAUGGGAGCCUGCCCUCCACCCUCUCCUCCUUUUGACUUCUUCCCUCCUGUACCUCCCAGAUUCUCUGCGCAGGAUGUCUUGCCAUCAACGCCUCCCCCUCCACCCCCACUGCCGGGUGUUUUCCCCCCAUGGGGGAGCCCUGGAGGGGGUUGGGAGGGGCUGGACCCCGAUAUGUCUUCUCUCUCCAGCAUGCUCCUGUCCUGGUACCUGUGUGGCUACCACACCGGCUGCUACAUGGCCCUGCAGCAGGCCAAGGCAGGUUGUGAAAGUGUAGACCAGGAGACGCACAAACCCGACUGCUCGUAUGGGAAGCACAAACAUUAGAGAGCCUGCGGCAUGGUGCGUAUAAGUAACAGUGGGAGAGAGGUCACUGCUUUAUAAGAAGGAUAACCCAUCCUCCUGACAUCAAACAAGCCUGACUGGGGGAGAAAAAGAGAUGUGGGAGUGAUGGGGUUUGAGAGAGACGACAGCCCCAAUGGACCAGAGAGAGUUGGGACCUGUGAGUCCACAGGAACUUCACCCAGGCGACUUCCUGUCGAUAAAAAAAAAAAUCCAUCUUGGUUUAUGUUAAAGGAAUUUUCUGAAAUGGUGAAAGCGUCGAGAGAAUUUCUGGAUGGAAUGUGUUGUAUUCCUCGUGCCUGACGUUUUAUACGGGUCUUCAAAACACUGCUCUAUAGAAUCGAAAACCUUGGUUGAUUUUUUUUUUUUUUUUUUUUAAAGACAUACAUACGCCCAUACUGUUGCAAAAAGCAUCCUGGUGUUCAUGAGUGUGCAGGAGAUAAAGUGGCCUUUCUGUCUUUUAAAGAGGAUCAUUUGUUUGUCUGAGCAGAGCGAAUUGGAUGAUUUAACGAAUUAAACAACGCUGCAAAUAUUUUUAUCUGUCUAUCCAUCUAACCACAUUCACGUUUUCCAGAACUGUUAAGUAUAAUGCGAUUUGUUCAAAGAAAAUGAAUUUUCCCUGAAGUUAAAUUAGUUGUUCAAAAUUAAUAAAGGGGAAAAAAAUGCUUUUGAUGUCAUCAUUUCAUUGAAUGUGAUUUGGGGCAAAAUUAACAAUCUAAUAAAACUGAAACGAUACUGUUGUA